ACCAUGGAUAGAGACAGCCCUGGAGAUGAAGGCAGGAGGUUAAGUUCAAAUCCUAGCUGUGCCUUUUAUGAAACCUAUGAUCCUAGCCAAGCCCCCUUCCCACUCUCAUCCUCAGUUGCUUGAUCCAUAGAAAUGAGGGUAAUAACUCUGUCUGAUUGGUGAAUAAUUAUUAGGGAAUCCCAAAGUGCUGUUGUAAUGUGGAGUGCUGGGAUUAUCAUUAUGUAAAAGGCCAAAUAAUUAACAGGAAUGGGAUUAGGUGUGCAGAUUAAUAAGAAUGGGAUAAAGAAGGAACAACAUAUAUGUUUAGAAGGGUAUAAAAGUCUUUUAAAUUCAGAAAGAAACAAGAGGAUAAGGAAAAGGGGUUGGGGUGAGAGGGUAAGGGAAGGAUUCUUGGGAUUGGGGAUAGGUUAAGUAUUAGGAGGGCAGAAUAGAAGGUAGAAGUAGAGGAGUAAGGAGGUAAAGGGAAUAAGAGAUAUACACAAACAUAAAAUAAAGAUCAGGAGAAUCAUUUAUUAUGUAAAAAGGAGGUGUGGUAAUCAUGAUCUCAGACAAAAGCUAAAAUAGAUUUGUUUAUCAAAAAAGAAAAAUAGGGAAACUACACUACAUGUCAGCCAUAUUAACUAAUAUUGUUUUAGACUAUUUAAAAUAGAGUAUAAGGCUGGAAUAUUGCUGUAGUAUAAGAAAUGAUAAGUUAUUAGAAUUAAAAAUGUGGAAAGUCUUGGACUUAUAAGAAAGUUGUUAUCCAUCUUCAGAGAAGAAGAGGAUAAACAAGUAUAGUACGGUCUUACAUAGAUGUAUACAUAUGAAUGUAUAUGGGUAUGUAUGUAUGAUUAUAGCUAUCCAUGUAUAUGCACGUGUUUGUAUGGAAAUAUGAAUGUACAUAUGUUUGCACAUAUGUAUGUGAUUGUGGACAUUUAUGCAUAUGCACAUAUAUACACGUAUGUGUUCAACUAUAUAUGUGUGUAUACUUAUAGAGAUCCAUGUAUGGGUAUGUGUGUAUACGUACAUAUAUGCCUUUGGUUUGGGGAUUUUGUGAUUUGGGGUUCAGUUCUGGCUUUGGGUCUGGGGUAGAAGGCAUACAGGGUUGGACACAAAGACUCUAAGGUCCUUAGGAGACUUAGGAGGGACAAUAACCCCCAUAUCUCUUCACAACAAAUAUCCCCAACUCCAAGGCUUUUAAGACUUUGAGCCUUGGACCCUUGGAGCCUUCUCCCUCCAUGUUACCGUUCAAUUGUUUUUCAGUUGUGUGCUAUUAUUCAUGACCCCAUUGGGGGAGGUUUCCUGGUGAUUUGCCAUUUCCUUCUCCAGCUCAUUUUACGGAUGAGGAAACUGAGACAAACAAGAUUAAGUGACUUGCCCAGGUGACACAGCUACUAAGUGUCUGUGGCCAGAUUUUAAACUCAGGAAGAUGAGUCUUCCUGCCUCAAGGUCCAAUACUCCAUCCACAGCAUCAGGUAGCUGCCCAACCCCUCUAUACACUCUCUCCUAAUCAAGAUGGGAAAUAUGUAUUGGAAGAUCAUCAAUAAAGCCCUCCCUUCCCACCUGAUUUAUAUCUCUGCAUCUCCUCUCCCCUGUCCCAUGCCUGCCACACUCACAUGUACAUACAUAUCUAGCCCCUGUCUGACUUAUGGGGCUUGGCAAUGGAUCCUACAUUCUAUCACUGCUCCCCAGUUCUCCAUCUAAUUUACCCUAGUCUCCAAAGAUCCCAGGUAUGGGAGUACAGGGGGGUUGCUCCUAGGAUCAUUGACUUAUUAGAAAGAUCUUCAUUUUUUAUUUUCUAUGUAUACAUAUUUAUACAAUUAUCUUGCACAAGAAAAACCAAAUCAAACAGGAAAAAAAAUGAGAAAGAAAAUAAAAUACAAGCAAACAACAACCAAAAGAAUGGAAAUGUUACGUUGUGGUCCACACUCAGUUCUCAUGAUCAUCUCUCUGGGUGUAGCUGGCUCUCUUCAUCAUAUUGGAACUGGUUUGGAUCGUCUCAUUGUUGAAGAGAGAGCUACAUCCAACAGAAUUGAUCAUCGUACAAUCUUGUUUUUGCCGUGUACAAUGAGCUCCUGGUUCUACUUCUUUCACUCAGCAUUUAAUACAACUUAUUUUACAGACAAAGAACCUAAGACCCUUAGAGGACAAAAACUUUCCCAAACUCACCCAGCUGGUAAAUCUCUGAGGCAGGAAUAAUCCAGGUCUCCCGAGCCCAGCUGGAUAGCUGCCCAGCACCCUCAUCACGUCAGCUGGUGAGUGGUCAGGUCCCUUUCAUCCCUGAAGUCCUGGUUCUGCUUCCUCCUCAGACUGGCUGCUGAGCCCCCUCUUUGCUACAUGGGGCAUAUGGGCUUCAAUAGUUUUUCCCAAAGGAAAGGUCCCCAUUCCAUGUGGCCUUGGAAAAUCAGAAAGUAUGAGUACAUGAGCCCUGCCCACCCACCCGUCACUGGGGCAGGAAGGGGGUGGCCGGGAAGGGGGCGGGGCAGCGUGACUUCAAGAGGCUCCUAGGGUGAAGUCUGGUACCAGAGCAGCCUGCCCACCUGUCAGGGAAGCCUCAUGUGGUAAGCAGCUGGUUUCCUCCUGAGGAUACCCACAACAUAACCACCAGAGGCUUCCUCCGGGACGCCUUUCCUGGGCACAGAAGCCCUUCUCUGGGCACAGAGCUGUUACUUUCCUGAGCCCAGAGGCCAGGCGAGUUUCUUAAGGCUUGGGCCCGGGCAGUAAGACUGGCACCAAAGCUGGAGACGUACUCGGUAGCUGUGGUUCCAGAGGGCAGAAGAGCCAUGGGGGAUCCCGUGACUCGCCCCUCAGUGUUUGUGGUGGAUGGACAGACGGACGUACCCUUCUCCCGGCUGCAAGGGGGCAGGCCCCGGACCUGCCAAGGAGCCCAGCUGGGCCUGGGGUUCCUGCUGCUGUUGGCCCUGACUGGCAUAGCUGUCGAGGGCUAUUUCCUCUGGCGCUUCCAGUGGGACCUGGUGGCCCUGGGCCUCCGGCUACCGAGAGAGGAGAACUCCUUAGAGAAGCUGAUUCAGGAACGGACAUCCUAUCAGAACAAGCCAGCUGCUCACCUCACAGGGGCCAACUCAAGCCUGGUCCUGAGGGGUGGACCAUUGCUCUGGGAAGCCCAGCUGGGCCUCGCUUUUCUUCGAGAUCUGGACUAUCGAGCAGGGUCACUGGUGUGCACCCAUCCUGGCUACUACUACAUCUAUUCGAAGGUGCAGCUUGGCGGCUUUGGAUGCCUAGGAGGGUCAGUGACUGGUGGACAAGUUACCCACGGGCUCUACAAGCGAACAGCCCGCUACCCCAAAGAGCUGGAGCUGCUGGUCAGCCGUCGGUCAUCCUGUGGCUGGGCAGGGACCUCGGCCAAAGUCUGGUGGGACAGCAGCUUCCUGGGUGGCGUGGUUCACCUUGAAGCUGGCGAGGAAGUCUUCGUCCGAGUGCCAGAAGAGAGGCUGGUCAGGAUCAAAGAUGGGACCCGCUCCUAUUUUGGGGCAUUCAUGGUUUAAGCUACUUCUACAAACCAAGGGAUUUGUAUUAGAUGAUCUCUGCCUUUCUUCCAGCUCUCAGUACAAUGGUCUAUGAUCCUAGCUGUGUGAACUUGGGCAAGUCACUUCCCCUCUGGGCCUCAGUUUAUCCCAUCUGUAAGAUGGAAAGAUUAUACUAUAUGAUCUCUAAGAGUCCAUCUAGCUCUCAGUUUUAUGAACUAUGUCUGAUGUCCCCAUCCAGGCAGUAUUUUGGGGGAUGCAGAUGGUGUUUCCAGAGAUUAUAGGUGGAAGUCAGAGCAGAUGCUGAAUUUCCUGACAUUCAGGAUGGGAUUUGGGGGUUCACAGGGUAUUUAUCAUGGAGUUUGGGGAAAACAGGUGAAGGGGUCUUGUCCAAGGCUUGAAAUUCAUCUACUGUAAUCUAUACAAACACUGUAUGACACAAUACAAUCAUAGAAACACAUAUGUGUGUAUAUGUAUGUGUAUAUAUGUAUAUAUAUAAAAUGUGUGACUAUAGAUAUAUGUACAUACAGUUGUAGCAGAGACAUCAGAGACAUCACAUAAAAAAUGCACACAAGAAAUAGUCCCACAAUGACAUGCACACCUUACACAGCUAUACACCUCUGAUCCAAAGUCAUGUGCGUCUUGUGCUGUACAUGAAUAAAGCUUUACAAAAGUCACAGUCACAUUUCUCUUACACAGUUAAACACACCCUUUUCUUACACAAUCACACAGUCAUAUAUGGAUACAUCCAGAGUCAUCCAAUUCUCUUUCUGCCUCUCUGUUUCUGAUUUUGUCUCUCUCCUUUUUCUUCUCUCUUUCUAUCUGUCUAGUCUCUCACCAUCUCUUUCUCUCUUCUCUGUCUCUCUCUUUUGCUGUCUCUCAAACACACACACACACACACACACACACACACACACACACAUCCUGCAGCAGCAGUGUGUCUGGGUAAAGAAUGACAAUCUCAUGCUCAGAGCCUUUAUCCUGAUCCUCGACCUAUCAACUCAAAAAUAAAAAACAAAAUGUUUAC